CAAACAGAACAACUUCAAACUUUGAACAGCUCAAUAAAUAUAGUUUUAGCAAUUCAAAAGGUUCUGAUUAUUAAUCACGUGCUCACGUCCAAGUGCGCGAGUAUAGGAUAUGUUGUAGUCUGCAGACUGGACGUAAACUGAAUGGGUUUUUGAAUAUUUCCGAUAAAAAAAAACAACUAAAUGGAGCCAUAGCUGGAGUGGGUGGAAAAAUCUUUGUGCGCUCCUGUCCGGAUUAACAAAUAUAUGUGUCAUGUCGGAGGUAAAUAAUUCAGCAGAGCCUGACAUUUCCCCUGAAAGUGAGGAAUGUCCCGCAGAAGAUUCAUUUGGCUUUGGAGAUGAUCUGGAGUUAAAUCAGUUCGAUGGAUUGCCCUUUUCCUCGCGUUACUACAAAUUACUGAAAGAGAGGAAGACUCUGUCAGUCUGGAAAGUCAGGAGCGAGUUUGAAGAUUCUCUGGUAAAUAACCAACUGGUUAUUGUGUCUGGGACAGCAAAGACUGGGAGGAGUACACAGAUCCCUCAGUGGUGUGCAGAGUUCUGUCUGUCUGCCCAGUACCAGCACGGCAUGGUUGUGUGCACGCAGACCAACAGACAGCAGGCUGUAGAUCUGGCCUUGCGUGUGGCUGAUGAAAUGGAUGUCAACAUAGGCCAUGAAGUGGGUUACACUAUCCCUCUGGAGACCUGCUGUUCCUCCGACACUGUUCUGAGGUACUGCACUGACGAUAUGCUGCUGAGAGAGAUGAUGUCGGACCCUUUUCUGGAGCACUACGGGGUCAUUAUUAUUGACCAGGCCCAUGAGAGGACAGUUAGCACAGACAUACUGCUGGGUCUCCUCAGGGACAUCCUGCUGCAGAGGCCUGAGCUCAGAGUGGUGGUCCUCACCAUCCCGCCCAUGUCUGACAAGUUGCUCAGCCACUACGGCAGCGUCCCACUCAUCAGUCUGGAGGCCUCGUCUCCUGCCGAGGUGGUCCACAACAAUAGCAGCAACAAAGACUACUUCUACUCAGCACUGAGACUGGUGCUGGAGAUCCAUAGAACCAAAGAGGACGGCGAUGUUGUUGGGUUUUUCGCCUCAGCUGAAGAGGUUCAUUGUGCCCAUACCAUCCUCCAGAGAGAGGGGACCAGGCUAGGUGCAGAGCUGGGACAGAUGGUGCCUGUGGUCCUGUGCCCAGGACAGGGAGGGCUACUGCCUGUCCCGACUGAGCAACCAGGCUCCAAGAGGUCCAGGAGGGUUUUCCUCUCUAACCAAAAGGGGGAGGAUAUGUGGUGGCCUACAGAGUCUGUCAGUUUUGUCAUUGACACAGGAGUCCAGAAAAAGAUGGUGUACAAUCCAAGAAUAAGAGCUAACUCUGAGGUACUUCAACCCAUCAGUCAGUGUCAGGCAGACCUACGUAAGCAGCUGUCUGGACCGACAGGUAAAUGUUUCUGCCUGUAUCCAGAAGACGGCCAGCUUUCUCCAGAGAACUCCCCUCAAAUCUUGGAGUCCAACAUUACACCAACAGUCCUUUUCCUAAAAAGGAUUGAGAUAGCCGGCCUUGGACAGUGUGAUUUCAUCGACAGACCAGAUCCUGAGGGUCUCAUGCAGGCGUUGGAGGAGCUGGAUUACCUUGCAGCUUUAGACAAUGAUGGCAACUUGUCUGAGAUUGGCAUCAUAAUGUCUGAAAUCCCCCUGGACCCUCAGAUGGCCAAAGCGCUGCUGGCGUCCUGCGAGUACGACUGUGUGAGCGAGAUGUUGACGAUCGCGGCAAUGCUGUCAGCGCCAAGCUGCUUCCUGGAGCCACCUGCUGGCAUGACCCACGAGGCAGUCCAGUGUCACAGAAAGUUCCAGCACCCUGAAGGCGAUCACUUCACCCUCAUAAACAUCUACAAUGCCUUCAAACAAAGCCAGAGAGAACAAUACUUCACUGCUGAAAAGUGGUGCCGGGACUAUUUCCUGGAUCAUUCCGCCCUGAAGACAGCUGAGGCCAUCCGAUCAGAGUUGACCGACACCCUGAACAGGAUCGAGCUUCCCAUCUCUGAGCCCUCCUUCGGAACCAAGACCAACACCCACAACAUCAAAAGAGCUCUGCUGGCUGGGUUCUUCAUGCAGAUUGCUCGAGACGUGGACGGAUCGGGAAACUACUUCAUUCUGACACACAAGCACAUGGCCCAGGUGCACCUGCUCUCCGGCUACGGGGCUCAGUCACACAAGCUCGGGCUGCCAGAGUGGGUUGUUUUCCACGACUACACCCUGUCGGAGAACAACUGCAUGAAAACAGUCUCUGAAAUCUCCCCCCAAGUGUUCAUUCAGAUGGCACCGCUGUACUUCUUCUACAAUCUGCCCCCUAGUGAAAGCAAAGACAUACUGCAAGACCUGCUGGACCCAGAUGGAUCCAGAAAAUCUAAGCAAAAAUCCACCACAAUCAGCAGCGCUGGCAACGGCGGCUGUGCAGUGGUGGCGCAGACUUACGACAGAUGUGUCAUUCAAUGAUGGGAAAUCAUAAAUAUGAAAAUCUGGACUGCAAUCACCAAAUGCAUUUAUGCCUGUAAAAUAUUUAUAGUCAAUGCCAAUCAGGAACUGUAAUAUUAAGUUAUUUCAUCACUUGAAAGUUGUUUUGAUGGUCAUGUGUGCAUGGGCAAAGAACAUCCAGC